AUGCAUGCGCUAGUACAACUAGCGACAAGAACAUGGAUGGAAACUAACGGAAUAGGGAAGGGUAUAGAGGCAGAGAAGAUAUCCGUUCUAGUAAUGAAAGUUAGAAAAAAGAUCCUUAAUCGAGAGUAUAAUAAUACGCUAGAUAGUAUAGUAAUAGUAGGCUUGGUAUAUAAGCUUAGGGGGCAAUGGAAUACUGCGGAAGAGCUGUUUAUACAAGUGAUAGAGACUCGUAAAAAGAAACUCGGUACGGACUAUCCAGAUACGCUGACUAAGCUAUUUAUACAAGUGGUAGAGACUCGCAAGAAGAAACUCGGCGCGAACCAUCCAUAUACGCUGACUAGCCGAUUGGAUGCUGCUGAAGAGUUAAAGGUACAGGUAAUAGAAACGAGUAAGAAGAAACUCGGGGCCGACCAACCUUCUAUACUGACUAGUAUGAAUAAUCUGGCAUUUACGUAG